AUGGACGUGGACGUGGACGGGGACGUGGACGUGGACGUGGACGUGGACGUGGACGUGGACAUGGACGUGGACGUGGACGUGGACGUGGACGUGAACGUGGACAUGGACGUGGACAUGGACGUGGACGUGGACAUGGACGUGGACAUGGACAUGGACGUGGACAUGGACAUGGACGUGGACAUGGACGUGGACAUGGACGUGGACAUGGACAUGGACGUGGACAUGGACAUGGACGUGGACGUGGACGUGGACAUGGACAUGGACGUGGACGUGGACAUCGACGUGGACGUGGACGUGGACAUGGACAUGGACGUGGACGUGGACAUGGACAUGGACGUGGACGUGGACAUGGACGUGGACAUGGACGUGGACAUGGACAUGGACGUGGACAUGGACAUGGACGUGGACAUGGACGUGGACAUGGACAUGGACGUGGACAUGGACGUGGACAUGGACACGGACGUGGACAUGGACAUGGACGUGGACAUGGACAUAGACGUGGACAUGGACGUGGACAUGGACAUGGACGUGGACAUGGACAUGGACGUGGACGUGGACGUGGACAUGGACAUGGACGUGGACGUGGACAUGGAUGUGGACAUGGACGUGGACGUGGACGUGGACGUGGACGUGGACAUGGACGUGGACGUGGACGUGGACGUGGACGUGGACAUGGACGUGGACGUGGACGUGGACAUGGACGUGGACGUGGACGUGGAGGACUUGGUUGGACUGGACGUGGACGUGGACGUGGACAUGGACGUGGACGUGGACUUGGACGUGGACGUGGACGUGGACGUGGACAUGGACGGACACGUGGACGUGGACAUGGACGUGGACGUGGACAUGGACGUGGACGUGGACGUGGACGUGGACAUGGACGUGGACAUGGACGUGGACGUGGACAUGGACGUGGACGUGGACGUGGACGUGGACGUGGACAUGGACGUGGACGUGGACAUGGACGUGGACGUGGAC